AUGCACUCUCGCUCCCUGGUCUCUGGUCUCCCCAGGUCUCUGCCUGCCCUCCCUCCCUCGCCUGCGCCGCCCUGCAUUCCUUGCGUCGAGGGGCGGCAGCGCGCCGCUCCUCACUCCUCCUCGUUUCCUCCCACAGAGGCUCCACUGCAGACGCUCCACCUGGACGUGUGGGGCCCAGCCCGCGUCCAGGGACAGGGCCGCGAGCGGUACUUCCUGCUGGUUGUCGACGACUACACGCGUUACACCACGGUCUUCCCCUUGCGGAGCAAGGCGGAUGUCCCUGCUGUUUUGAUCCCCUGGAUCCGCGCAGUUCGUCUCCAGCUCCGCGAGCGGUUCCGGUCGGACUUUCCUGUCCUGCGUCUGCACUCUGACAGAGGUGGUGAGUUCUCCUCCGACCUCUUGGCAGCCUACUGUGCGGAGCACGGCAUCACCCAGUCGUUCACGCUUCCGGCCUCUCCGCAGCAGAAUGGGGUUGCUGAGCGCCGCAUUGGCUUAGUCAUGGAGGUCGCUCGUACCUCCAUGAUCCAUGCGGCUACCCCCCAUUUUCUGUGGCCGUUUGCGGUCCGGUACGCCGCGCAUCAGCUCAACCUCUGGCCCCGUGUCUCCUUGCCGGAGACCUCGCCCACACUGCUGUGGACGGGGAAGGUUGGCGAUGCGUCGCGUUUCCGGGUCUGGGGUGCUCGUGCCUUUGUCCGCGAUACCACCGCGGACAAGCUCUCCGCCCGCGCUGUUCCCUGUGUCUUCCUUGGCUUUGUCCCUGACGCGCCUGGUUGGCAGUUUUACCACCCCACCUCGCGCCGUGUCUUUGCGUCUCAGGACGUCACGUUCGACGAGUCGGUUCCCUUUUACCGUCUCUUCCCCUACCGCACUGCCUCGCUCCCCCCCCGCCGCUCUUCCUCGCUCCAGGUCACUGGUGACUCAGGUCCUACUGAGAGUGGUCCUGCUCGGGGUGCUACUUCUGGGGGUGCUGAGCCUGGGGGUGCGGAGCCUGGGGGUGCUGAGCCUGGGGGUACUGAGCCUGAGGGUGCGGAGCUUGAGGGUGUAGAGCCUGGUGGUGCUGAGCCUGAGUGUGAGGGGUCUGGGGGUGCUGAGCUUGGCGGUACUGACGCUGGAGGUUCUGGAGCUACUGAGGGUGCUGGCGCUGGAGGUUCGGGAGCUGCUGGAGGGCCUAGUCCUGGUGGCGCUGGAGCUGGAGGUUCUGGAGCUGCUGAGGGUGCUCGCGCUGGAGGUUCUGGAGCCGCUGGAGGUACUGGUGCUGAGGGUACUGACACCGGAGGUUCUGGAGCCGUUGGGGGUGCGGGCGCUGAGGGUUCUGAGUCUGCUGUUGCGCGGUCUCCUUGGAUCAGCGUGCCCUGGCCAACGAGGUGUCCAAAUCAGCGUUCACGGAUUUUUUUUUACUGA